AAGGGCCCCUUUCGGACGAACAAGCCCCCGGAAGCGACCUAGUGCACGCUGACCAGCCGUCGACUGCCUAUCGGGCUGAAAAUAGAUUAUGAUUGACAGUGUUGAUCUGUUAUUCUUAUGUAAACGUUUAUCGUCCUAUACUGGAGAAUAUACACAGGUAUGUGAUUGUAUUUUGUUAAACAGUGGAUAAAGCUUGAGGAUUUAAUCUCAUUAUUGCCAAUCCAUUUACAGAAAAGCACGCACACAUGGUUAAGCCAUCAAUUAUGCCUGAAGCGCAUUCAUCAUCGUGGUUGCUGUUGACCUUGACCUUUGUCGGUCUCACAUUAUCUCAAGAACAAUCCCAAGCACCUGCAGGAAUCCGACUUUCAGUGCCAGAAAGCGAGUUUGACCGCUAAUUUUCGACGAAACACAGGUUCCGUAAAGCUAUAAUUAACCUCGGAUUGUUUAAGUUACCACUUUGAGUAAUGACCGGCGGAAACAUUUGUUGAAGAAAAUCCAGUUUGCCAAUUUGACUGGCCACGACAAUGACCUGUCAUGGACCCUAACAAAUAUCCACGGGUCUAAGCUGAUAAACAUAGAGGCACACGACAAGUUUGGAGACGAUGGUAACGUAAAAAUAUAUGGAAUAUUGCGUAAUUGUUCUCUGAUGAUGAAUUGGUCAAUGUCAGAGGUGCUGGUCGUCGGAAAAGCACAGAGCAUUAUGCAAAGCCAAGGAAUACUAGACGUAGAUGUGGGAUCAGUUUCCAUUAAGUAUACGAUCCAAGCAGUCAUGAAAGGUGGCUCACUAUCGUUGAAAAUGCACCGAUGUUCGUUGGAAGUAUCCCAACUCAGUGUAAAAUCAGUCGACAGCAACCUUAACCAAUUUGUCGAACUGAUUGCCAGCUCUUUCUCACCAGACUUGAAGAAGCUGUUGAAUGAUUCGGUUUGCAAGGAUCUCGUAGAAUCAACCGUCGUUGUACAACACAUGUUCGCAUCCUCACACUUGAAACAGAGCUUUAGUAAGUUUGGAGAGAAUGUCACGAUAGACGCCUCGUUCCUGAGCAUGAAUAUCAGCAAAGGAGCAUUCCAAGCUCUGCACAAGGGAGAUGUUUGUUUAAACGGCAAAUGUUUACCGGUAACGGACGCUGAGUUUCCACACGAGCCGCCGUCAGAUGGCAUUGCUGUCGACAUUAAAAAGGAGGUCCUGGACAAUGCGAUCAUUCUGUUGAAAGAAACCAAACUGCUGGACAUGGAACUGACAUUCCAAACGAUAAUCGAGAAGAAACUUACAUGGUUAAAUAUGACCUGCUGGAACACACUUUGCAUCGAAAACUUUUUUCCGGAUAUCGCUUCAAGAUGGCCAGGGAGGGUCGUCGGUGUGCGCAUGCGUGUUGGAAACAUCCGAUUGUCGUUUGCGAAUUCGGCAAUUGUAAUUUAUGCCGAGGGUCGGGUGUAUUUUUCUGCUGACAACGCUACUGAUGUGACAAACAUGUUUUCAGCAGACUGUCGUCUGGAAGUGCCGUUAGUGAUGCAAUUCAGGAACAAUACACUGUCAUUGAAAGCAAGCGGAAUUGGAGGAAGUUUUGUGAUCGACCAAUCGUUUGUUGGACAAAUUCUGAACCCACAAUUACAGCAGUAUAUCAACGAAACGGUCGUUGAACAGCAGAUAUUGCCGAAAAUUCACGACCAAAUCGAAAAACACAUCAUCUCAUACCAUAUUCCUGUUGCGAAAGACUUGGCUUUUGAUUCUGCCAAGAUUAUAUUGUUUGAUGACAUGAUACGGCUUCAAGCUAACUUGUGCGACCCCUUUGGCAGCACGUGUGGUACUGCACCUUCCGACGAGUGGGUGGGGAACAUGCAGGUUCCACGCCUUCAAAUCGAUGACAUCGUACCCACAACGCCGGCGCCCAAAAGCACGACAAAAAACCCAACUAGCAGUGGUCAGAUGGCAACGUUUUCCCUGGCGCUGUUGAUAAUUUGGUGUUUUUCAAUAUUGAUGUAAUGGAAUAUUUAUGACAGCCACGCCUAUAAACUUUACUUUAUGCUUAAUAACCAAGCACACAAAAGGUAGGCAGAUUGUUAAGUUGUCAUAGUACACAAACCCGUUAAUUCACGAAGACAUUUGAAUACAUUUGUUAUAUUAAAUUGGCCUAACUUAUAAGAAAUAAAAAAUACCAAUAACUUUAUAACGCACCUUGUAUCGCAAUCUAAAUCAGCGCCAAAUAAAAUAAUCACUCGGUUCUUCGUUGCAAUGAGCGCUGAGAAUGACAUGAUGUGUAAUUCUGGCGAACAACAGUAACACAAUAUUUCGAUCAAAUAAAGAUGAUUAAGCGUUGUUUUAUUGAUUGACAGUGCAACUAAAACAACUUUUCAGUUUGUAUCGGUGUUGUUGUGGUUGUUCAGAAUGCGUGGAAAAUUCUAAAUUCAAAUUCUAAAAAUAUUGAUGAGAAUUGGCUCAUCUGUGUAUACUUAAUAUGUUUACAAUUUCUAUAAUUGAUUACUAUAGAUACCAUAUAACAAGUGAGGCACUAAUCUAAUAUUUGUACACUGUAGAUGCCAUGGUCAUAUAAUUACGACCGUAUUGAAUAGUGGUGCAAAGAAAUUGAUGAUAUGUUCACAUUCACCUUUAUAUCACAUACUACCGGUGAAUAUCACAUCAUACGAAUAUAAUGAUUCACUUGUCAAUAAGUGUAUAGUUGUACUUUGAUUUUAUAUCUAGGGAGUAUAUUUUAUUAAUAACUACCAGGCUAAAAAAUCCCGCUAUGCGAUGAAGAAGUAUUCCGAAUCUACUCAUAACACUAUUUGCAGUCUAGUGAUGUUUUUUCCUGUGCGUGUUUGAUACAAUUUAAUGUGUAGUCCCUCCGUGUUUAGAAUAUUUGUAAUCCAAACUAUUUGCCUCACGAUAAAAAAACACAAAAUAAUCUCUGACUCUUCGAAGCUCCACGUAAAGUUCUUUUCAAAAUACGCAGCAUUUAGUUACUGUGUUUUGGUGUGAUGUGACUUUUGUUUUUCUUUAAUAUUGUGUUUGUUAUAAAAUGAAUAUAAUAUCAUAUUCUAUCAUUAAAACAAUAUGCAUUAUGACCGCCUUACCAUCAUUUUAUUUAAAAACAUGUUACUAUUGCACGUUUAACGUAAAUAAUUGUACACUUGGUUUAUAUCUUUUGUACGCUAUUAAUACAUUCAUUUAUUCAUUUACGAAAAUAUUA